GCGCUAUGUGGGCAGCCCCGGUUGUCCUCCUCCGGGAUGUUGCUCCUGCUCUCUCCGGCUCAGAGGCGGAAUGAUGCCGGGCUCGGUGCUCAGGGUCCCCGGAGUGUGGCUGCUGCUCUUGGCGGUGCUGGUGCCGGGGGGCGCCCACAUCUACGACGAGCACGACCCGCUGGUGUCACUGGAGAAAGGCGCCCAUGGUCUGCUGCUCAACUCCUCCAGCAGCUGGGUCGCCCAGUUCUUCGCCAGCUGGUGCGGGCACUGCCAGAGCUUCAAGAGCAGCUGGAUGGUCCUGGCGCACGAUGUAAAGGAUUGGAGGCCUGCAGUGUAUCUCGCUGUGUUAGACUGUGCCGAGGAGUCCAACACCAAGAUGUGUAAAGACUUCGGAGUGCAAGGAUUCCCCACUGUCCAGUUCUUCAAUACCUACUCGAAAAACCCAUCGGAUGGCAUCAAGCUUUAUAAUCGUGACCCCGAUCAGAUGAGACAGUUCAUUAUUGAUAAACUGGAGGCACAAAAAGAGUCUCCACCCCCCGCGUGUCCUCCACUCGAGCCAAUCAGCGCCCCUGAGGUCGAACAUUUUUUUGAGAAUAAUGAUGAAAGCUACCUGGCUUUGAUUUUUGAAGAACCUGAAGCGUACAUGGCGAGAGAGGUGGCUCUAGACAUGGUGCAGUAUCAGGGGGUCUCUGUACGGAGGGUACUUAAGGACGAAUCUGAACUGGUAGAAAAGUUUAAGGUGUCCUCAUUCCCAACUGGUUUCCUUCUGUGUAAAAAUGGAUCUGUUAGUAAAAUUAACCUGAAGGAGGAGAGCCGGGCACAUUAUACACCAUUUCUGCGGUCACUUCCCGGGGUGAGGAAAGUUAUCAUCAAUCUGGUUACGUGGUCUGCAGACCCUGUGGACGACAUAGUGGUCCGUAGGGCUGUGAACAGUUCGGUGAUUUACAUGGCAGAUCUGGAGUCGUCUAUCCAUUACUCCCUGCGGGUGGAGGUGGCUCGGUUCACCGUGUUACAUGGAGAUCGUCUCCGAUCGUUGAUUAAUUAUAUCUCCGUACUGAAAAAGUACUUUCCUGCUCGCCCCUACUUGCGCAGACUGCUGGAUUAUCUGUAUGCAUGGCUGAACAAUCGAAGAGCAAAGCUGGUGCCGUAUAAAGAUUUUGCAGAUGCCGUAAAUAGCAAAAAUCAGGAACAGAAUGCGGUGCUGACUCCACAUGCCGACUUCAUCUGGUGUCAGGGUUCCAAACCAGAAUUUCGAGGUUUUCCAUGUUCUGUCUGGACGCUGUAUCACUUGCUGACCGUCAGAGCUGCUCAGCUUGGAACUGAACAGACCAAUUCACUGGAGGUUUUAAAGACAAUGCGAGGUUAUAUCCGCUCCUUCUUUGGCUGCACAGGUUGCGCUCAUCACUUUGAGGAAAUGGCUAAAGAAUCAAUGAACAGUGUCCGCAGUCUGGAUGAAGCCAUCAGGUGGUUGUGGUUUAGUCAUAACCGGGUCAAUAAGAGACUAGCAGGAGAUGCAACCGAAGAUCCAGAUUUUCCAAAGAUUCAGUGGCCUCCAAAAGAACUUUGUGCAGACUGCCAGAAAAUGGUAGGUAAUAACGUGACCUGGGACGAGCCUGCCGUACUCCGUUUUUUGAAGACACGUUUUUCUGAGAACAAUUUAUCAUAUGACUAUUUGGAGGAUGAAGCAGUCCUGUUGGCAAAUCAAAGAAAACUUAAUAAUGUACGCAGGACCAGAAGGGAAGCUGGAGACGAAGAAACAGAUGCUGAAGAACAGAGUAUAAAUGAGGCUAUAGUCCCACCAGUCAAAGCAGAAGAACCUGAAGAUACAGCUACAGAAACAGAUGCUGAAGAGCAUAGUGUAAAUGAUGAAAUAGCCCCACCAGUCAAAGCAAAAGAACCUGAAGAUAGAGCUACAGAAGCUGAAGAGCAGAGUGUAAAAUAUGCUAUAGCCCCACCAGUCAAAACAGAAGAACCUGAAGAUAGAGCUACAGUUUCUAAAGAAAAAACAAGUCCUCGCCAUAGGCCCACCAUAGUAAAAAUGAAAACUUUCACAGCUGUGCAAGCUGAAAAAGAGGAAGAAGAGAACAUUGUGGACUUAGAUUUAGUUGAACAUCAUAUCUUUCCUCGUAGAACAUUGCAAGAUUCCAACUCCCGCCAGAAUGGAUAUGCGAUUCAACCAGAGAAAAUGUUGGACCUUCUCGAUUCUGAGUUUGACCAAGAAGCAGUAAGGGCUCGUCUGCUUAAAAGGGGGGUGGAUGAAAACUAUCUCUUUGGUGUGAUGGUAGAAAAUGGGGAUGUGAACUGGAAAGGGCGUUGGGUAAAGAUGCUAGGAGUUGGGUUCUCUCAAUUGGACAUCAGCAUCUGUGUUCUACUGUAUUUCCUUACCAGCAUGUGCCUACUAGCCAUGUACCUGUAUCUAAGUUUCCGGUCCCGGUUCAGACGGCGGUGUUUGUGUCCGCAGCCAUGACGCAAGUAUUGUUGAGCAGUUUUAUGGUACUACAGACCUGAUGUUUUAUGGAACUGUAUAUAUUACAAGAGAACAAUGUGCCUUGUUAAUCUGUGGAAGUUCUGUACUAAUAGAGCACAAUCUCUCAAGACCAAAGCUCGUCAUAAUUGUCUUAUGUGGUAUUUUAAAAAAUAAAAUCAUGCUGUUUUGAAAAAA